UCACCACCGUCAUCUGUUGUGGUAUAUUACGUUCAGCUAUCAUCGAUUUGGCACAGUCUUUGCCGACGAUGUAGCUUCUGUGUGGCCUGCUGCUUCACCGUAUCUGUGACUGGAUGCACUUUGGAUAUUAGUGAAACUUGACGAUUGGCGAAGAGUGACUUUUUACUGGAGUAAAUAAUCAAGAGGAGGAACAAGUGCUUGGAGUGAUGACACGUCUCUCUUAAGCUUACGCCUUCCCAGGAGAGACCUUAUAGAUCAGCCAGCUCCUUGAAUAAGAUUCUGCACCCGAUGGCUAAUUUUCGUUUAUGUAAAAAGUAGUCUUCAUGCCAAGGAUUACGAUCUGACUGCUGAGGCUAUUCCUUCUAAAAGGAAUGCUAGGAUAAUGAGAACAAGAAUUAUAUGCCUCAAAUGAGGACGGCAUGUACGCUCUACUGGUCGCCUUCCUUACCCUACGGCUGACAGGUGCUAUUUUGUUUGAGAGGGAUCUCUACGAGGCCUACAUCUACCAGCAUGCGCCGGCGAAGACACCCAUUACGCGGGUCAAGGCCAUGCACGAAGACAGCCGGAAUGAACCAAUCUCCUAUUACAUCGGGGUCGACCAAGAGGAUUUUUAUAUCGGCGAAUUCUCGGGUCAGCUGAAAUCGAAGCGAAUAAUGUCAAACUCUCUCAAUACAACAUAUCAAAUUCCAGUUAUAGGAACGCUAUCCGGUCAGGUUAACUUAACAUACGUUAGGAUACAGGUCACGCCUUAUAAUGACUAUCCACCAAGAUUCAAAAGAAAUUUUCAAAUUGUUACGAUAUUUCGGAAUACUCCGUACGGGUCUUAUAUCACACGUGCCCAGGCCACUGACCACGAUACACCGCAGUACAUGUUAUCUUUUGAGAUCGAAAAGUCACAACAUUCCAAAAGAUUUAUCAUUGAUGAGAAAUCUGGGAACAUUUCCCUCCUUGGUCCUCUACCCAAGAGGAAGCAAGCAAUAAAACUGACUGUGUUGGUACAUGAUCUGAUGUCACCACCAAAACAAGAUGAAACAACGGUGCUUAUUAGUAUAAAGGACAUUUCAGUCCCAGGCAUUCCUAUGCUUCACAACAACACCUUGACCUCAGCCUAUGUAUGUUGGUCCCGUCCCGGCUCCGGCAUGGUGUGGAGAUACGUCGUGGAGUUCUGGCGCUACGGUUACGAGGGAUACAAAUCUAACGUAACCGUAACCGACAGUGACGACAGUAUCACGUGCUAUAAUCUAACAGGCCUGAUUGCUUGGAAACAGUAUUACGUCAGAGUGAUUGGCAUGAGCCAAGCAGAGGCCAGUCCACCCAGCGGUGUACUAGCAUUUAAAACUAGCAUAAAAGGAUGUAUGUAUAGUCCCUGUCAAAAUGGAGCAUGUGAACUCACAGAAAAGCACCCAGGAUAUAUAUGUACGUGUCACCCAGGAUAUUAUGGGUUCAACUGUGAACAUUUCGACUUCUGUAGUAUAAGUCCUUGUAGACAUAACGCAACAUGUACGUUGUUGGGGACGUCUGAUUAUCAGUGUGAAUGUGCUUUCUCCUUCUUCGGGAGGAAUUGCUCGUAUCAGAACCCUUGUCUGCUUGAGCCCUGUGAGCACGGUACAUGUAGGAAUACUUCCAGUAAUGGCUUCGUUUGUAAGUGCAAGCCCGGUUAUUAUGGAGAAAAGUGUCAGUUUUUGAAUCCAUGCCACUUCCAUACCUGUGAGAAUGGUGCAACGUGCGUGAACACGUCAACGGAGAAUUAUACUUGCAAAUGUGCUCAUGGGUACUAUGGUUCGGUAUGCCAGCACGACCACCCCUGCAAGUAUCCACCCUGUCUGAACGGGACCUGUAGACCCUUGGAUGGGGACCGAUACAGAUGUGAUUGUAACUUAGGGUACUAUGGAGAACAUUGUGAAUACUUCGACCCAUGUGCGCUGGACCCGUGUCAGCAUGGCGGUACCUGUACGAACGUAGAAAUCAUUUCGAGGGAAGAAAGGCCUGCAAUGAAGACCAUCCACGAUAAACCCUUUGGGAAAAAUAGAACAAAAUGUACAGGUUCAAAGUGUAGGCGUCGAAAGAAAGGUGGCUAUAGGGUUCUCAACGGCGACCCCUACUACUGUAUAUGUGCCCCGGGGUAUGAAGGAAGUCGGUGCCAGACGCCAAAAGAAUGCAUAGCUCAUCGUACGGUAGAUAAGGCAGGGCUGAUCGACUGGCCAGCAAUGUCGCACUCCCAAACGGCCAGUGCGCUGUGUCCGUAUGGUCCAAAGCAGGGUAACCACGGCAAGGCUUACAGGCAUUGCAAGCUCGCCCCCGAUGGGGAAGCAGUUUGGGACGAACAACAGACGCAUGCUUGUCGGCAGAGUGGCAGCGCCAAGGCUGCAAACCUGGUCAAAGACAUGAGGAGUAUGUCGUCUGACCCGGCCAACCUCCUCCCAGAUGAUAUCCUGAAGAUCACCACUGGUAUUGAGAGAAUUCUACCAUUCACAUACAGCGACAAAGAGAUUGCGAAGUCCAUGGUGGACGUGAUCAGUAAUGUCCUUUUGGCCAAUACUUCAGUCAUACAAGAGAGUGAAAUCAAGUCGGAAGUUCCUUCAAGGUUGAUCAAGGUUGUCGACAAUUACCUCAAAAAUGUCAACUUAGACAAAGAACCAGACCUCACAGUGUCCUCGUCGAAUCUCAAACUCCGAGCAAUCGAUGUUGCACCCAAAGCCUUCAUCAAGUUAUUCAUAGAGUUCAAACCAGUUGGAGAUGACCCAGUUGAAAAGAUUCUCCUCCCAGCAGAGAUCCUCACCGCCGGUGGUGGCGACCCAAAUGACAAGCGACGUGUCCAGCUUGCAUCCUUUGCAAACAGCAAGCUUUACGUAGAGAAGAAGAAAAAGAACCUCGGAGAGUUCACCGACAUGUUUUUGGACAAGCAGAAGGUGUUCAUGGCGUCCGUCAAGGGGAAGAAAAUAUUCAAACUCAAGACUCCUGUCAAGUACAUACUCAGCACCCGAGGUGCGCCAAAUACAACUUGUGUCUACUGGGAUAAGUACGAGAAGCGUUGGUCAAGCAGCGGGAUAAAAGGAGAUAAUAUGACCAACCCUAACUACACAACGUGUUCUGCUAACCACAUGACGAGCUUUGCUGUGCUGCUGGAUCCCAGCCCUUGGGCUACGAUAGAAGAGGUUCAUCUGGUCGCAAUGACCUAUAUCACUUACAUCGGAUGCGGAGUGUCACUGCUCGGCCUUGUAUUAACUCUGCUGACUUACUGCCUAUUUAAAUGUCUCUGGUGUGACAAGAGUGGCAAGAUUCUGAUUAACCUCUGCGUGGCCAUGUUGCUGCUCAACAUCUGCUUCCUGUUGGCCGCUCACAAGGCCACCCUCGUCUACAACCCUAUCUGCAUCAUAUUCUCUGUUCUACUCCAUUACUUCCUCUUGACGACUAUGAUGUGGAUGUGCGUUGAAGCAGUCAACAUGUACCAAAUGUUGGUCACUGUUUUCAAGUCAUACGAAGCGAAUUUUAUCGUGAAACGGUGCUUAGCUGCUUGGGGCUUACCCGUGGUCGUAGUAGGCAUAGCAGUAGCAGUAGACUAUAGCAACUAUAUGACGGAGGCGAUGUGUAUGAUCUCCGACCGUAACCCGUAUCUUUAUUACAUCACCUUCCUCUCUCCGUGCUGCCUCAUCCUCAUCAUCAACUCCAUCGUCUUCAUCAUGGUAGCUCGUGUCAUCAUGAAACCAAAGAUGCACGGCCGGGUCGGAAUGGAUGCCAAACAAGUCACAAAGCUACAAUUACGGGGCGCCGUCACUGUCAUGAUAUUGCUGGGGAUCACGUGGGUGUUUGGCAUGUUCGCAUUCGGCAAGGCUAAAACUGUGUUUCAGUACGUUUUCUGUAUUACGAACUCAUUGCAAGGAUUCUUUAUAUUUCUUGUACGUUGUCUGAUGCAUCCAGAAGCCAAGGCAGCAUGGCUGCAACUACUCAAGGAAGGAACAAUAAAACAGACCAAGGGCGUGACACGGUCGGUGACGGAUUCCUCCGCGUCACGUCACGAUCUACAAACAGAUGGUAAAUCAUCGUCGGGAUCUUGUAAAAAGAUGUCAACAAGCAGUAGUGCAUUGUCGAACACGAGUAUAUGGAAUGUCUGGAGGGGUUCGAAAACUGAAAAGAAUAAACAUAGAAAUCACAACUCUGUAAAUGGAAAAAAGCCUACUAAUGUGGUAGUGACUACGAACCCUCUGUGUGAUGAAACUAAAUACAUGGGCCGAGAAGAUGGCCUGAAUAGCAAGGAUGAGAUAUAUCUGAACAAUCACCAGCAUGUGGUGGGGAAAUCGGAGGGCACCUGCCGAGAUAGGGUCACUUAUCUAUAGCGCCUGUAAAUGAGGUCGUCUGGUAAAAAGAUAGUUAGAACAAACGAAAAUGGAAUCCAGUUAACUUAAACACAUUUUCUGGUCUUCGACAUUUCUGGGGAUCUUUACUCCAGGCGACUUGACUCGUGACAUCGCGACAUGAAUGUCUAUUCAGCUGAUAAAAUACAUACUUCCAAUUUUCUACCAGUGGGGUUAGAACAAGAUAUGGAACCACUAACUGUAUUACAUAUGAAGUGCCAUCGUUAAAAAAUCUAUCAAAACAUAUUGUGAUUUUUGUACAUAGUUCUCUAAAUGUGACGCUGUACAUAACCGUGACUUUUGGCUACAUAUCGUGUCUAAUGUGUGUAUGCAUGGUGUAGAUUAAUUAUUUUUAUAGUAUCGUAAGUUAGGAGCAGAUAAUGCAACUUACUGCUGAAAGUCUUCUUCUUCUAGAAGUCAUAGUUUAAAACACUUAUUGUAUUCUACCUAGUCUAAAGUUCAACAAUCAUAUCGACUGUGACUGGUAUCUAUUCGUACAAUAUUCUUCAUAUAUCAUUGUUAGUAUUCUGUGAGUGCGGAAGACAAACGUAACUAGCAUGAUCAACAUAAUAGCCGGACGAAAUAGUUCCCACCUCGUAAUUCGUCUAUCCCUCCGCAUUCAUGAUAAUGGUACUUCUUCCAUUCUUUCAUUCUGUAUUAGAAGGAUUAUAGUGCCAGUGAUAGUAAAUGGUCACGUUGUUCUUUCUCACUUGUACUAAACGGAAGUUGUUGCAAAAGCGUGUAGUCAGACGAAUAACGUAGUCAUGUGAAUAAAGACAAAGUUCCAUUUUGUUAUCGAACGGCGCUCUUUGGGGCGCGGAUUUUGAAAUAAUAACCUAUCUUAUGGUCAUGCUCAUCCAUAACUAAUUUCGCUAGUCACAUUUGCAGCUAAUCUGGCAAAUGGAUGGGGUGACGGGUGAUUACAUACGCGGUCAUCCCUUCUGUCUGCUUGAACACCGGCAAAGGUACACAGGCAAAAGUGACUGUCCACGGAUAGUUGACGGCCCAUGGACGUUCCGUCAAAGAAGGCCCAUGGAUGGAACGUUCAUGAUUCUCCAUCAGCUAUCCAUGGAUGGCUCUCAUGGAUGGAACGUCCAUGGGCCAUCAGUGGAUAGUUGAUGGAGAUUCUCCAUCGACUAUCCAUGGAUGGAACGUUCAUGAUUAAUCAACAUUAAUCAGCAUCAACUAUCCGUGGAUGGAAACUUUUGCCUGUGUAAUACUAGUAUCAUUAUUAACAAUAUGGUUAUGCAUGUUCAAAAUCGCGUACGAAUAAAAUAGCUGGCGGGACAAACGGGUCACACACUUAAACCACCAUAUCCUGAAUUUCUUCCUGGCCAUAACAUAGUUUCAAGACAUUCGUAUCAGCUUACAUCAAAAUUGCUUUCAUUUAAUUGCGAGAUGCUAUGAUGUUAAAUACCUCAGGAGUGAGUUUUGUCUCCUUUCGCCAGAUCAGUCUCUUGCUAAGUAACAUUCGUGGGGGUUAUCGUUGUGAACCUUUCUAACCUCGGAUGAUAAACGAUGAAUAUAUUGACACCUGGGUAUCAUUUAUGUAUCUUUUAUGAUUACACCAUUUUUAUAGUUAUUCAAGUUUGAUUGAGCCCGCAUUGCAGUUGCACCAUUAUUUCAUAUAGGAGAUAGAUCGAGAUUCUUGGUAGGCUAAUGAUUGUGACAUUAACAGAAGAAUUAAGGCGUUGUGAGGUCGAAGCUAAUUCCGCUUGCUGCGCUCAUUUGGGUGCCCUAUAAUCGUCAACAUGCGGUCUUGUCUUUGUAUAUCACCUGUGUAUAAUGUACAUACAACUUAAAUUUCAAUAUUUUCUGUGUUAAUACCAUUUUAAUACAGAGGUGAUGAAGCGAGAUGCAAAGUAUACAACCUGUUAAUCGUGAUGCUGUGUUGAAUGGUUUAUUUGGUAUGAAAAUGAAAAAGCUUUUGAUGUAUUUGCUUCUGUGCAGCGAAAUAUGUACAAGGAUAUUUUACACAACGCAUGCUACAUAAGUAUGCUGCCACUGAGUCACUAAAGGUUUCAACAUGCUUUUAACCAUCUGCGAAAACGGUAGCAGAAUACUAUUUUUAGGUCACUUAAAGAGGGAGGCAGGAGCAGAGGGGCUAAUUUAGCCAUCUUCAGGUGACUGAUAUACACAGUAAGGGCCCUGGGUCAUGUCAGAUUCAGCACUAAAUAUAUUCCACGUACAAGCAUGAAUCAUUUCGACGUACUGUGAGGUGUGAGAGACCCCAAUUGGCGACUUCGUGUAACUUUAUAUCUUGCCUGCCUAGCUGCUGCCUAUAUUGUCCCUUUGAGUUUUGACGUGUUUAUACUCACGUUUAGCGAAAAUGGUACGCUGAACACCCACGUUUGGGCACACUUUGUUCGUAGCAGAAUGCGAUCAUGACACUAUUCUUCUUACCUGGAGAAAGCAAUAAGCCAGUCGUUCACAUACUUUUACCUGCCACCUUUUUUCGUCGUCUUUCCAAAUAAAUCGGAACCUGUCUUAAAUGUCGAGCCUGAACAUAAACAUUCUUAAGAAAUUCACCAGGCAAUGACCUCUUCCACUCCAUUUUACCGUGUUUCUCGUGAUAGGUAAUCGGCCUAUUAAUGAAUUCCGCUUCAGGAUAGAUUUUGUAAUGCGCUUGUUAGUGAACUAUCGUGUUAGUUUGCGCGCCAGCGACCGGGCGGUGCUCUAUCAUUGCGAAAUUUGCCACUCGUCUGGUAAAUACCUGUCGCUCCAUUCUUUCCUGUGAUUUCAAUCGCUCAAACUCGCUAGUAAAUGCUCUAAUAUGCUGAUAAUUGCCAGAGACAAUAUUUGGGUUAUUUCGGCUCAGCAUCUUUUUUACCAGAUAAUAGAAUAGGCAUAUGCUCUAAAAGAACAAAUGUACAUCACAUUCAGAUUGUCAUGACCUUUAUAUCAUGAGUACAUCUAAGGACCACACAUAAUGUGUCGUACAGGUAAUUGAUUUGACCAAUCUGGGCUGUUUGACUUUUGUAAUUAUACUUGGUACAUUUCUUAUCCAAAGUUAAAACGGUGAGCAUUUCUCCUCUUGAAACCCGCUCGUGGAGCGAAUCCCCUCGGCUUCCUAUUGUAUUGUUAAGUUGACUAAAGGGGGCGCAAUAUGCCACCACAUGAGCGUCCACCUUGAUCUCCAUGCAUGGAUUCGAACCAUCCUUCGCGAUUCGGGCCUAACAUCCUUGACAGGAUGUUGUUACAUGUCCGUAAUAAUAUAGCUUCCGGUUUUCCUUACGGUUAUUUUGCUAUUGUCGACCAAACUUGCAUCGCCGACGCUCACUAGAUUUACAUAGGUAACUCAUGCCAAUAGACCUCCGUCUCUAUCUUGAUUUUAUACUAUUCUCUAUCCUGCCUACAUGUAAUGUUGAAUGUAUAUAUUUGGUUUCAUCUGCCACCACAGCUAAAUCGUCAACUGUUGACCCAUCUGUUCCGAUCAAUGGUCGAAUGUUGGAAAUUUCCGUCAUGAAGGUAUUGUAAUUAUUGAAACAAGUAAAAUUAAACGGCGUACACAUGUCACGGCGAUAUCCGUUAUUGGAAUAAAGAUAUUUUUCAGAGCAGAACUCUCACAAUGUAGGCUAUGCAUGCAGUUUCUCUCGUAAAUCGCUUCCAACCAGCUCGUCAUGAACCAUUACUUUCUGCCAAAAUCUUUACUAGGACACCAAACGUCUUUGCCAGCUUGCUCUUAAAGUACAAUGUAUGUGUCGGUUGAGAUGAAGACGAUUAUAAUGACUAAAGUUCAAGAUGUGGGGGUUUAUGGUCUGUUCACGAUUGUCCCGCCGGAACGCGAGGCUUUUUUUACAGGUAGGUUCGUACCAUCGUGUACAUUGACAGCCAAUCAGAGCUCAGUAACUUCGCCUGACGUCAUCAAGUAAGAAACGCACGUGUUGUUAGUCAGUAAACAAGAUCAGCGAUGCACAUUGACAAAUGGUGCGAGUUCGAAUCUCGGAAGGACCCAAAAAAUUAUGCACUUUUUGUUUUUGUUCCUUUUUUUCAUUUACUUAAUUAUUUUAAUAAUAAAUUUCGCUGUCAAUGUACACAAUGGUACGAACCUACCUGCAAAAAAACCCUCCCUGCCGGAACUAGUAGAAAGACUGUGUCACUGAUCACUGCAUGGUAGAUGUACAUUGAGAUGAAUGUGCAGCAAAACUGUGUCAUGUCAUGUACAUAGUUGGAAGUACAGAGGACAAUGUAUGGCAGACUGUCUGAUAUUCUGUGCGUCCUUUAUUUUUAUGACAUCAGAAGUACCAUAAGUACCAUAUAUAUUGCAAAUACAUUGUAACUGAAGAGACGCUCAAUUCUAGGCAGGAAAUUCGUGUACCUAUUUAAAACCGACUAAACUGAUAUACUCGAGCCUCUUCUGCUUGCCAAACAAAAAAUCAGGGUAGCUUCACAAAAUGUCUGAUCCAUAUUUUCUUGUCGGAAAGUAGGGUAAUCAGCACUAACCGAUGUUUUCAACAUUUUGAAUGUAAUAGCUAUCCAUCAAAAGCUAGCAACAACCCCUGGGUUAUCUAUCAAACUGAGUGGUUUAAUAUGGAUCAAGUCUUUCCAAUAGUACUACUGUUUUUAUGAUUUCCAUUGGAGGUUUCGCCUUUACGAUAACGAGUGGACCAAGAAAUCGCCAGAAUUUUUUUCAGUGCUGACAUAUACAAAAUGUGUUGAUAGGUGCAUCGGAAAAUCACUGUUCGUUUUGCAUUAUCUCUGAAUCCUAGAUUUAAUAGGUUCUAAUUUUGUGAUCUUUAUUAUAAUGAUUGCUUGUUUUCGCUAACUUAUUGAUAUGGUCCUCGUGGUCGUGUUUAGUUUGCACAGAGAGGGAAUCUCUCAGCAACCCUAAAGCUGAAUUCAUACUCCGACGCAGGGGGCAGAAGAUUGUUGGGCGUUAUGUAACAGGGUUAGGAAAGUAUUUGUUUCCCGUGUUACAGUUUUACUUGUCCUAGAGGAUAAAAUGUCCAUGGGAAAAAGGAUGAUUUUAUGUGCUUUUAAUCUCUAAGGUAUUGAAUGUCAAGGGUUCUCGAUAAAACAUUACCAGAAUCCGUCACCUCAAAUAGGUAAGGACACUUUUGGGGGGGGGGGGGGUGUUACGCCAGAAUAUAUACUCGCUGUGAAGAAAAUGACAGUCCUGGGAUAUAUUUCAGUACCAAAAGGCUUCUACUGCAAAGGUUUUGGUCCGAGUUCCAAAUCAUUGCACAUAAAAAUAUAUUGUCCUGGGACUUCCAUUCCUGAGAAUAUCACUUCAUUCACACCGGUAUUGUUUUUUCUCUUCCGUUAGUAAGCAUCUCUCAAAUAACUAGCUUCACUAAAAUACCUUUGCUCGUGAUGAUCAGAGAGAGAAAAUGUCGCUCUUUUUGUAACUAAACGUGUAUAGUAUGUACGAUGUUGAGAUAACUCCAUGCGAAUUCUCGUCUGGUUUGUAGAUAGUACUGAGUCGUAGUACACGCAGACGCCAAGUAGAAUUAUUAAAAUAAAUCAAGUAUUCUAUGAA